UCCUCCUACUUUUCAACUAUUACUUCUUUAAAAAAACUGAGGAUCAGUUACAGCAGAAGGUCAGAGAGAUCUGUUUUUUAAAAGCUGCAGAGAUGGGGAGGAAUGCAAUGGUACCAGGUGUAAGACUGCUCCUGCUUUUAAGUCUGGCUGGAGCUGGACACUCGUGUGUGGAUCCUGCCUCGGCCUACAGGUUUACCGGCGUUGUGUGCAGACUUACGUAUCCUGCUGCUGUUGUAUUAAACGAGAAAACCACAGAAGUAAUCCAAGCUGCAUUCCAGCAUGCCAAAUAUCCCAAUAUUUAUGGCGAGAAGUCCAUCUUAUUCAUGGGCACGCUGAAAUACGGUCUGCUCAAUCUGGAGAUUCAUAAUCUGACGAUUGGGAAGAGCGAGUUUGAGCUGCGGGAGAACAACGGCAUAGGAAUCAUCAUAUCUAAUGUAUCUGCUGUUUUUCGAGGAACCAUCGAUUAUGUAUAUGGAAAUGCUAUCUUUUCAAUGAAACAGACUGUUGAUUUUGAAGUUGAGUCCCAAAUUGAUCUAGUCAUCAAUUCCAAGCUGUACUGUGGAAAAGGCAGAGUGGCUGCAGACACUUCAGAUUGCUACCUCACCUUUCACAAGCUGCACCUCCUACUGCAGGGCGACAGAGAACCUGGCUGGCUGAAGAGAGUGUUCACAGAUUUUAUCACCUUUACAGUAAAGCUGGUCGUAAAGGGACAAAUCUGUAAAGAAAUAAAUAAGGUGGCAAACAUACUGGCAGACUUUAUACAAGACACAGCAGAGAGGUUUCUAAGUGAUGGAGACAUCCUUGUGGAUAUUGGUGUAACCUCAUACCCCAUCAUCACCUCAAAUUACAUAGAGUCAUACCAUAAGGGUCUUGUGAACUAUAAUGGUAUCACCUCGAAGAUCAAUGCCUCCGUGUUUAAACCAGAUCAGAUCCCAGAGAACCGCAGCCUUUACUUUUGGAUCUCUGAUGAUGUCCUCAACCCACUUAUGGCAGCAGCACAUAAUGACAAACGAUUCGUCCGCAACAUCAAUGGAACAGAACUCACGGAUCUGUUCAAGACUGAGCUGUCCACAAUACCACCCAAUAUGGUUAAAAAGUGGCUGCUCUCCGAGGAGCCGGUGUUGAAAGCAUCAAGUGUCUCAGUUCCUCAUCUUCAGACAAACACCCAGGGCACCUAUGUUACAGCAGUGGCUGCAGUGGAGCUCUCGUCUGCAACGGGAAACAGCUCUUCAAUUUACUUUGAGACGGAGGUGGAGGUUCUUGUGACAGCAUCUUAUGCUGAAAAGAAACUCAUUCUAAAUGCCACCGCAGUGAAUGUAUCCAUAUCAAACGUUACUACAUCAGCAAAUGUUUCACAGAAUGAAACAAGCAUAAAUGAUUAUUUUCAAGAAGCUGUUGAAAAGAUUGGCAUUCCUAAAGUCAUAACCUACCUAGAACCAGAGUUAACCAGUUUGAUGGAUGAGCAGGGCCUCAAUCUCUUUGACCUCAUCAACCCUGAAGUAAUAUCUCAUAAUGGUUUUGUCCUGGUGCAGCUGGAUUUUGGUUUCCCUCAUCAUUUACUGGUGGACUUUCUGAAAAAGACUUUAGAGUGAAUAGAGUUCAGCAUUACCUUCCUGGCUAGAUUAUCUUUGUACACACACACACACACACACACACUCCCUUAAUCUUUAUCAUACAAUCCAAUGUAAUUUUUUUUUUACACGAUUAAAACUACUUAAAACACA